GCAUUUCCUGGAAACAUCAACUCCGAUAGUGUGGUCCGGCAUGACUUGCAGCAUCCGAUUAUUGCCCGCUAUGUGCGCAUAGUGCCUCUGGAUUGGAACGGAGAAGGCCGCAUUGGGCUCAGAAUCGAAGUCUAUGGCUGUUCUUACUGGGCUGAUGUUAUCAACUUUGAUGGUCAUGUUGUGCUACCAUAUAGAUUCAGAAACAAGAAGAUGAAAACACUGAAAGAUGUCAUUGCCUUGAAAUUUAAAACCUCUGAAAGUGAAGGAGUAAUUUUGCAUGGUGAAGGCCAGCAAGGGGAUUACAUCACUUUGGAACUGAAAAAAGCCAAGCUGGUUCUCAGUUUAAACCUAGGAAGCAACCAGCUUGGCCCCAUAUAUGGCCACACAUCAGUGAUGACAGGAAGUUUGCUGGAUGAUCACCACUGGCACUCUGUGGUCAUUGAGCGCCAGGGACGGAGUAUUAACCUCACCCUGGACAGGAGCAUGCAGCACUUCCGUACCAAUGGAGAGUUUGACUACCUGGACUUGGACUAUGAGAUAACCUUUGGAGGCAUACCUUUCUCUGGCAAGCCAAGUUCCAGUAGUAGGAAGAAUUUCAAAGGCUGUAUGGAAAGCAUUAACUACAAUGGCAUCAACAUUACUGAUCUUGCCAGAAGGAAGAAAUUAGAGCCUUCAAAUGUGGGAAAUUUGAGUUUCUCUUGUGUGGAGCCCUAUACGGUACCUGUCUUUUUCAAUGCUACAAGUUACCUGGAGGUGCCUGGACGGCUCAACCAGGACCUGUUCUCAGUCAGCUUCCAGUUCAGGACUUGGAACCCCAAUGGUCUCCUGGUCUUCAGUCACUUUGCGGAUAAUUUGGGCAACGUGGAGAUUGACCUCACUGAAAGCAAAGUGGGUGUUCACAUCAACAUCACACAGACCAAGAUGAGUCAGAUAGAUAUUUCCUCAGGUCAGUGA